AGCAGCUUUAACCACUAGGCCAUCAGGACUGGCUCGAUGAAUUAAAUUCUUCUAAAUUUUGCACCUUUUUUUCUAACUUUCGUCGCACUUCUUUUAGAUGAGCAUUGGUAACUGAGCAUGAGAGAACUUUGGAUGCCUAUUAUAGUCCUCCUAAAUUGAAUAAUUAAAAUCACUGUUUCACUUAAGUUUUAAUUGAAAGAAAAUGUUUUGGCUAGAAUUUUGUUACUCAGCAACAAGAUGUUAGCUCAGCAACAAUCUUCCUCAAGCAAAAAGAGAAAGAUUGGCAAUGGAUGUUAACUCAGGGCCAGUCUUCCUCACACAUACACAAAAAAGAUUCUUCUUAAUGUUAUUGUUUUAUGAAAACUAUGCAUCUCUAAAUUAAGAGUUUAGUAUAUCAGGUACCAGGAACUUCUUUACCUCUUAGGUCCUUCACUGGAGUUGUAUAAUGUUUGUGGGAAUCAUGGGCAAACUUAAAGCAUCAUUGGCAAACUAGAAGAAUUAUGAGUUGAUGGUAAAGUUUAAAAAGAAGUAAAAGAAAGGAACGGAACUCAGAAAAAGUGGCACAUGUGAAGGGUGGUAGCAGUGCCUCAUAGACCGCUUCCUCCUUGUUGAAUAGAAACCUCUUUGUAGGCUUUCUUCAUAACUGGUUUCGCAAUCAACUAUAAAAGUAUUUUUUAAGGUUUUUUUUCAGUGUAACUCAUGAUGAAUGCAAAUUGUGAGAAGUUCAGAUCUUUCUAAAUUGUAAAUUUAAAUGUCUACCAGACAAGUAGUAGUGAUGGGAAAAUGUAAAUUAAUAUUCAGUAUCAAAUUUUUUUCUAUGUAUUAUCUCCUCUUAUAUUCAAAGGUGACACUCUUCAGUUAGAAAAGAUAAUCUCUGACUUCUUAUACCUUCUGCAGUUCAGCCAUUAUUAACAGAAAUCAUAACCUUUACAUGUUCUGCCAGUUAAAUUUGAAAUUGGCGUGAAGCCUUUGCUUAAAUGAAUCACCCCUAUUUUAUUCAGGAAUUUUGUCUGUUGCAAGUGAUUUUCCUUUGUCCACAGCUAUUCUACAUAAUGUUAUCUAAUGUUUUGUUGCAUCCUUAACACUUUCCUUUCACCUUCCCUGCUUGUAGCUUGUGCUUUCUACAAUUUGGGGUUCCUUUGAAAUCCAUUCUCUGCAUCUGUUCAUAUGUAGAUUUGAUUUGUCACAUUCCAGGACCUCUUUGCAAGUGGUUCUGUUCCCCAGUUUGAUGAUGUUCACAGAAGCAGGUAAGUGACAUAGCUGGGGCCCGAUGUAAGCAAAAAGUCAGGUCUUGCAGCCAUAUGGAACCACUACCCUAACAACUUCUGAUAGGUUCUGGAGCUUGACAGUUCUAAGUGAAAAGGAGCCUGGAAUGUGGAUGGAUCACAUCUAUUACAGAAGAAAUGAGAAGGUGUUUGGGUUGAUUCUUUUCUAUUUUCUGUUCCUAGAAAUAGUAUGCAUUUUUAGUCCUUAAUAUUUUGGUCUUGCUUACUUUAAUAUUCCAGAAAUAUUUAUUCCUCUUUUGAAAUACACAAACAAGUGGAGUGCCCCUGAUUAUAAUGACUCAGAAAGUAUCUUGCUCUCCUUUCAGGGAAAGUGAAAUUUACAAAUUAAUUCUGGAUGUUUCCCCUAAAAUUGAUUUCCUUCUAUACCAUUAAGUAACCAUUUCUAUUUUCCUUUCCUGGUUAUUAUAUUUGUGCUUAAGCCUAGAUUGGUCAUUGUUGAGUUGUGUUUGAGCAGUGUUUGUUAUGCUAAAAAGGACUUUGAGCUUGGGGGAACUCAUCCUGGGUCUAGAUUGACAUCCAGAACUCCAGGGGUUCCUGUUCCUCUGAGCUAGUGCCUACUCUUCCCAACCAAAUACCAAAUACUGACUUCUAAACUAAUCCCAAGGGUUUUUUCCUGAUGCUCUGGCCUGAAAAUAGAAAUACUGCCUUAAUGAGAGGGGUUCAGGAAACAGUAGGCUUCAUUUUUCCUCAGCCUGCCUGGUCUUGGGUGCGUUCAGGAGUGUUGAGAGAGUUCUGAGCCUUCCUGGCGGAGAAGGAAGGUCAGAAAGAGACAAGUUCCACAGGCAGGGGGCCAGGUCCCUACUUGCCUCGUUAGGGAGAAUUCAGCGUCGUCUGUCUGGUUGGCAGGGCACACCUAAUGACAGAGACUCAGCAUUUCAGCAGUUUACAAAGGAAAGUGAUAUGAAAGGACAGCUGCAAGUCAGCCACAACCUAGACCUGAGAAGGUCAAGCAUUCACUUCACUUGGAAGAACGAGCAGGAAGGAAGCCGAGGGCUUAGCAGGUCCCCAGAUAUCAGUGGACAGGCCAUGGCUCCACGGUCCCGGCGACGAAGGCACAAGAAACCUCCCUCAUCAGUGACUCCCAUGGUUGUGACCCCACCCACAGUUGUGACCUCUGUGCCUGUGACCCUCUCAAAACCUGGCCCUAGCAUUGAUGCACUUGGCUUCUUCUCCUUGGAGAAUAAUGUUCCUGGCCUAUCGCAGCUGAUCCUUCAAAAGCUGAACAUGAAAAGCUAUGAAGAAUACAAGUUGGUGGUAGAUGGGGGUACUCCUGUGUCAGGCUUUGGAUUUCGAUGCCCUCAAGAAAUGUUCCAGAAGAUGGAGGACACAUUCCGAUUCUGUGCUUACUGUAGAGCACUCCCUAGUGGCCUCUCAGACUCCAAGGUCCUCCGGCAAUGCAAGAGGUGCAGAAAUGUCUAUUACUGUGGUCCAGAGUGCCAGAGGUCAGACCAGCCAGCACACAGGAGGGUUUGUCAAGAGCUGCGUCUUGUAGCUGUGGAUCGUCUCAUGGAAUGGCUUUUGGUCACAGGUGAUUUUGUCCUACCCUCAGGACCUUGGCCAUGGCUGGCUGAAGUUGUACAGGGCUGGGACACCUGGUUUUCUAUGCGGCAUUUACAACUAGAUGCUACACUGGAUGCUGUGCUACGUGGUCAUGCCAUGACCACCCUCUGGGCCAGUGUAGGACGGCCAAGGCCAGACCCAGAUGUCCUGCAGAGCUCUUUGAAGCGGCUGCUGACAGAUGCCCUGUCACGGCCCUUGACACUGGGCCUUGGGCUUCGGGCCUUGGGGAUAGAUGUUAGGAAGAUUGGGGGAAGCACAGUGCAUGUGGUUGGUGCUUCCCAUGUGGAGACAUUCCUCACUCGCCCUGGGGACUAUGAUGAGCUUAGCUACAUGUUUCCUGGACACCUUGGCCUCCAUGUAAUCAUGGUGGGUGUAGACAUAGCUGCUGGCUUUUUACAGAGCACCUCAACUUCACCCUUGGAACCUGGCACAGUUCAGCUUAGUGGCCAUAAGGGCCUCUAUCAUGACUUCUGGGAGGAGCAGGUAGAGACUGGGCAGAUAGCCCGUCCAGAUUUGGUGGUGGCAUUCCAUCCAGGUUUCCAUGCUUCCCCAGACUUGAUGGAGGCUUGGCUGCCCACCCUCCUGCUACUUCGUGAUUAUGAGAUCCCUACGUUGAUUACUGUUUACAGCCAUCAGGAGUUGGCAGCCUCUUUGCAGAUUCUAGUGGACCUGGAUACACACAUCACUGCCUAUGGAGCUAACCCUUUUGCAUCUCUCAAACCUGAACAGGUCUAUUCCAAUCCCAACAAGCAGCCCGUAUACUGCAGUGCCUACUAUAUCAUGUUUCUUGGAAGCUCCUGCCAGCUGGAUAAAAGGCAAUUGGAAGAGAAAGUAGAUGGUGGGGUUUAAAUAGCUUAACCAGAUCCUGACUGGAUGUCUAGAAAAUGGAGAGAUUGUGAUGAAAUUACCCUGCUGAUGCCAGGUUGUUGCCAACUUUGAAACCCACUAUUUUCUAAACCUUUUCACUUGUCCAGGUAAAGAUUCUAAGCUGAAUGGGAGCUCCUGUAUUAUGUGACUCAUUUCUAAGAAGUUAGCCACAAGUGCCUUCUAGAGACAGGAUUCUAGAUUUAUUGCAUGGCAAGAGGCCCUGAUGUCAGUCUUUCCAAAGCAUAGAGUUCUAACUGUUUCCUUUAUGAGAAAGUUAUACCUUUUGACUUGAACCAGAUGGCACCAAGGAGAAGAAUAGCACCUUAUUCUUCUGAAAAAGACUUUCUUCUUAUCCAGCAGUUUGGGCUAAAAAAUGGAGAAGUGUUAAUGACUUGAAGUGGUGUGAGAAUGGGCAAGUCAGAGAAAUGGUUGGGAACAGGGAGGAGGUUGUGAGGAUUGGCACACUGUUCUAUUUCCUGGCUUUUUUGAAAUAAAUGUCUCAAUUUCCUAUUUUCUCCUGGGGACUUCUGACCCUAGAGCAGCUUUUUGUCCUGGUGUUGUAUUUUAGAUAUCCCAGGGUAUAUCAGACUUGACUUUACUAUACUGGAGUUACUUGUUAUCACCUGAUCUAUACUGCAGUAAGCUCAAUUUGGGGCUGCUUAAGUCACUUUUUUUAUCUUAUUUCCUAUUCACUGGCAUGUAUUACUUGUCUACACACAACACCUGAAGAUUGAAAGAUUCUCUCUUGCCAAAGGAGUGGUAAACAUCAGCUCUCUGUUUGGGCCUCCACUUUACCAUACCCUAUUUCACGUCAUCCUUCUUUUGUCAUAGUCUCAGGAUUAGGAUAUUCCCUAGGUAUUCUUUCCUGCAACCUUCCAUGACCUCAAGCCUCCACCUCCAACCCUAAUACAUAUAUACAUUCUUAUUGCCCACUCUGAUAGGGAUAAUGUUAGAAUUCAUUUAUUCAUUCAAGACAGUUAGUACCUACUAUGUCAAAGGUACUGUAUUAGGGCUUUGAGGAGAUACAAAGGUGAAUAAGAUAUGGUCCUUAUUCUUAACCUAGGAGGAGAAAUAAUAUGUAUACAUAGUUACCUUUAUUACAAGAUGUAAUGUGGAAUAAGAACCAUGAGAGAGGCUUGUAGUACUAAGGGAAUAGCGUGAAAAGAGAGAUCACUUUGCUAAGUGAUGGUGAAGGUUUUGUGAGUUAGAAUUUUAUGCAACAGAUGGAGGGCAGAGCAUUUCAGAUGGAAAGAACAACAGGAGCAGAAGUUCAGAGGCAGAAAAGCAUGGAAAUACUUUAGAGUACAUUGGGGGAUUAGUAUAAAUUAAGUCUGAAACGUAGAUUGGGACCAGAUUAUAGAAGAAGCAUAGCCUACUGGUUACCUUUAGAUUUAUAUAGUUCUGAAUAUGAAUCCUAGGACAACCACCAAAUAUUUUUGUGCCCAUAGGAAAGCUAAACUUCUCCAAGUUUCCUCAUCUGUAAAAUGUGAAUAAUGCCUAGUACCCAGAGAUACAUUAAGCAUUAAAUGAGAAUGUUUGCAAAGUGGGAGGACUGACACAUCCCAAUUUCAAAAUUUACUACAAAGCAACAGUAAUCAAGACAAUGUGGUACUGGCAUAGGAUAGACAUAUAGAUCAAUGAAAUAGAAUUGAGAAUCAAGAAAUAAAUCCUUACAUUUAUGGUCAUUUGAUCUUCGACAAGUGUGCCAAAACAUUUCAAUGGGAAAAGAACAGACUUUUCAACAGAUGCUGCUGGGACAACUGGAUAUCCACAUGCAAAUGAAUAAAGGUGGACUCUCACCUCAUACAAUACACAAAAAUUAACUCAAAAUGUAUCAAAUACCUAACAAGCUAAAACUAUACACUCUUAGAGGAAAACAUAAGGGUAAAUCUUAAUGAAGUUGGAUUGGGCAAUGGUUUCUUAGAUAUGAUACCAAAAGCAUAAGCAACCAAAAUAAAAACAGGUAAAUUAGACUUUAUCAAAAAAAAUUGGGGGCUAGCCUCGU